UUUAAAACUACUAGCGUUUUUACUAGUUUUACAAUGUAGAAUUAAAAUCACUUUUAACAAUUUAAAAUACUGGCGGAAUAUUGUUUUCUUUAUGUUUGCGUACCCGUAUGUAGGUUAUUAGUGCGUAAACCCUUUUCUGUAGUAUAUUUUUCUAGGGAAUAAAUAACAAUUUGACGGAUUGUACAAGUCCAUAAGAGAGAAACAAGCACGGAAUGAGAAUUCCUUUCUAGAAGUUUCAAACUCUUGCAGAGUUGUUACAAGAGAAUGGAAGAGACUGAACAGACAUGCGGUUUGAUUCCUGUAUCAUUGGAUCUUAAUAAUGCUACUUUUAUACAUUUAAGCGAUGAAGUGUCUCCGGUCAGAAGCGUCGAAUUAGUGAGACAGGAAGAUUUACUGAAGCUGAGCGAUGGGAUUGUGACUUUAGAAGAUGGAUCCCAGUGGUAUAAAAUACCUCUGGAAGAAGAGGCUGAAACAAAAGAAGUCUAUAUAGAAGGAGUAUCAACAGAAUGGGGAGAAGAAGAUGUAUAUAAUGAAACUUUAGAAGAACAGACUGAGAGGGUAAAUGCAACUGAUGAGGAAUCAUUUGCUCAAGUCAUAGUUUUAGAAGAUGGAUCCUUAGCUUAUUUCCCACAACACUUAGAAGAUAAAACGCAGACGGUAGUUCAGAAUGAUUCCAAAACACCGGCAAAGAAGGAAAGAACUCAUCAAUGUUCGGAACCAGGCUGUAAACGUUCUUAUAAAUCUCUCCAUCACUUAAAAGUUCAUAUUAGAAAUCAUACAGGAGACCGCCCUUACAAAUGCUCUAUGGAAGGGUGUGAAAAGGCUUUUGCAACUGACUACAGUCGUAAAGCGCAUUUGAGGACUCAUACAGGAGAAAAACCGUACCCCUGUCCGGAAUGUUUGAAAAGCUUUAAGACGAGUGGCGAUCUCCAGAAACACAUACGAACUCAUACUGGGGAGAGACCAUUCAAGUGUCCUGUUGUUGGUUGUAAUAAAUCUUUCACCACAUCAAAUAUUAGAAAAAUUCACAUUCGUACACAUACAGGUGAAAGGCCAUAUGUAUGUAAUUUUAAAGGGUGCGAUAGAAGUUUCGCUUCAUCAACAAAUCAUAAAAAUCACAUGAGGAUCCAUUCAGGAGAAAAGCCUUAUGUUUGUUCGAUAGAGAACUGUGAAAAAAGGUUUACCGAAUAUUCGUCACUUUAUAAACAUAAUUUAGUACAUUCACAAGUGAAAAAUUACCAGUGUUCAUACUGUUUAAAGACGUAUAGACAACUUUCGACACUUACAACUCACAAAAGAACCAUCCACGGUGUAAUAGCAGCCGAAGAUGGUACUGAAGUCAUUUUAGAGCAAAUGAGAGUCGGCAAAGAUGGAAGCAAAAAUUUUAAGAAUAUAACUUCAAACCUUCUUAGUUUAAGAAAAGAGCAUAGUGCAAUAGAAAAUGUUGAUGGUAACAUAUAUAUAAUCGAUAAUGAAAAUGAGAUAACUAGCCAAUUUGAAAUUGAAGAGGUUCCAGAAAAUGGCUGUGAAACUGAAGAUUUUUAAUAUAACUUAUUAGCUAUUAGUGCAAUAUGAAAUAGCCACAAACUAAUAAAGUUAGACACAUAACUUUUAUUUAAAAAAAGAACUUCAAAGUAUAAUUUACUUUGAUUAUUAAAUAAAAUGAAGGAAUAAUUUUUUCUUAAUUAAUAUUAAAAUAGAAAGUUUGUUUUAUUUUUUUAGUUGGGCUCAUCUCAGAGCAGAGGCCUUGUUUAAUUUGUAUAAUCUAGUCGAUAAUGUACAGUUAGAAAAGUAAUAUUUUGUUACCAAAUGUAAAAAAAAAAAACUUUGGUUUAGUUGUUGCUUAUUUUUUAAUCUUUUUUCUGUAAGUUUUUAACAGAUCCAAGUCAAGCAUGAAUAAACCCUCUCCAUCCUGGACACGUUUUAUUUGUGCUAGUAAACUUCCUAAAAACUUUAGGGCUUCAUAUUGUUCAGGGAGAAAUUGGGUUGUAAUAAAGUCUUCUAAAUUAA